UCAAAUUAUUCACGCCUUUGGGCAUUCCAUCUGCUUUGUUGAAUAUGGCAGCACUCUCAGCUGUUUUUGACUUUUCGGCUUUUCUGUAUUUGGUUUGUUUACGCGACGCCGUCGACGGUUGUCUAUAUUUGGUUUGUUUUUAUGCAAAAUUGUACAAUUCUUGCUUUCGUCGCAUUUUCUCAAUACACACUGCCGUUUGUAUUAUAAAAGCUGAAUGCUUUUCUUUUAUCAAGAGAAUAUUCUUGGUUUAAAUAUAUUUAAAUUGUAUGCAGCUAAAAGUGAAUUGUAGUGACAAAGUACAAAAAAUGUUCGGAGUUAGUAUUUCAAUGCGAAAUAGAGCAACGCGAAGUUGUAAAGAUUAGCAUAAUAAAAAAAAAAAUUAAAAUAAAAAAAUAAAAUAUCUAAUUCUAGUUCUAAAACGAAAGUAUUUGGUGAAAAUUCUUAUUCAAGCAGGACGUGCACACAAGCAGCCAAAAACUUGAUAAACAACAUCCACAUUUGUAUUUAAAUCCAUUGGUAUCAGUGUGUAUUGUAUUUUUAAAAAUUUAGAUAUACCAAUACUUUUUAACACUGAUUGUAAAAUUUUAUCAAGUGAAUAGUAAAAGGUACUAAGGUCAAGCAGGCGGCAACAACCUUAUGCACAGAUUAACGUAUCACCCAGCACCAAUAAUCUAAUUAAUGGCGAAAUUUGUGACCGCUGUGUCAUUGCUUUCGCUGCUGAGUGCUUUGCCGCAUUUAGUAAAGGGUGUAAAUGUAUUAGCCGUACUACCAAGCGUUUGGAAGUCACAUUACCUGUUCGGUAAACGGUUACUACAACAAAUAGUAGACAUACAACCCAACUAUUCGGUGACUUUAAUUAGUCCACAUGCUCAGGAGUAUCCAGUGCAACAAAAAAUAAGGGAAAUACAUAUUGAUGAAUUGUGUGAAAAUUGGGAGGAUAUGGGUUUGCCAUUUGAUAUAGAACAAUCAAGCCAACAAACCGUUAUGGAACACUUUACGAAACUAAUGUAUGCUGGUUCAUCAAAUGUGGAUUUGUUAUUAGGCGAUGCGAAAGUGCGAAAAUUAGUACGUAGUGGCGAAAAAUUUGACCUGUUAGUGGUUGAUCUCUUUCUCAGUGACUCGCUGCUGGGCUUGGCACAUUUCUAUCAAAUACCUACUGUUGUAGUCAGCCCAAAUGGGGCAAAUACUUGGCUGAAUCAUAUGACAGGUAAUCCACAAAGUUCAGCACUUGAUCCCAGCAUGUUUCUACCCUAUUCGGAGCGCAUGGGUAUUUGGCAACGAAGCAUAAACACGCUAAUGGGUUUGUUUGAGAAGUUGACUUACAACUUUUUCUACCUUAUCUCACAAGAAGCCGUCUAUACAAAACACUUUCACGCGCUAUGCCAGCUUGCCAACACAACGUUACCACAUCACAGAGAUUUGACAAAAAAUCUAAGUCUUGUCUUAAUCAAUUCACAUCCUGUUUUACAAUACCCGCGCGCUUACUUGCCAAACAUGCUGGAGAUUGCUGGCGCUCACUUGCAUGAUCAACAGAAACAAAAUGAACUGCCAGCGCAUAUUGCCUAUUUUAUUGAGUCGGCACCAAAAGGAGUUGUGUACCUAAGUUUCGGCGCAGAUGCGCGCACAGCGGAUUUGGCAAAGGAAAAGUUAGAUAUCAUUUUGGAUAUCAUCCUGGAUAUGCAGGACUAUAACUUCAUUAUAAAAUGGGAAGAUCAAAAGUUUUAUACUGCGCUACCCAAAAAUGUAAUGAUUUCGGAUUGGUUGCCACAGGAAGCCAUUUUAGCACAUUCCAACGUUAAGUUGUUCAUAAGCGCCUGUGGACUUAUGAGUAUUAUUGAAUCCAUAAAUGGUCUCACACCAAUACUUGCCAUACCCAUUUACCCCGAACAAGAAGUAAGCGCUAGACGUUUGCAACAGCAAGGCAUUGCUCUCAUGAUCUCCUUCGAUGCAAUAACCUACGAUGCACUUUCGUCGAAUAUACAAAAAUUGGUUACGCAUCCCAACUACGUCCGGCAAGUUGCCGAAAUGCGUCGCUUGCUGAACUCUACCUACGGUUCACCGAUAGCAAGGAGUGUGCAUUAUAUUGAAUUGAUUUUAAAUAGUGCCGGCGGUGGUGAUUUCCUCAAAUCGCAUGCAAAUGAGCUGAAUUUCAUGCGCGCCGAAUUGGUGGAUGUAAUAGCCAUAAUUGUUAUGGGUUUAUUUGUGAUUAUAGCUGUGCCAUUUAUCGUUACCUGUUGUAUACUGCGACGUUCGUAUAUAAACCAAACAGCUUUACAAGCGCAAACAACUGGGGCGCAUCGUGCAACUUUAAAAGUGUUUGGCCGCACUAAUUCGAAUAGUGGCGUUGCUGCGGCAAAUGACUCGCCAGUUUUGGAUUGGCACAGACGCAGUAGUGCCAUACAGGCUGCUGGUGUCUCGAAACCACCAUCGUCACCAUCGGCGUCAUCAACUGCAUCGAGCAUCUCAACAGCAUCUUCAGUAGGGAGCUCACCGCAGAUGCGAAGAAGCGAUGCGCAUUUGGUGGAUGGCAGCUGUGGGGAUGGUGCAACGAAACGUGAAAAAUUUGCACGCCAAGCGGCUAUGAAGUCCGUAUCUCAGAAGAAUGAUUAAAGUUUGCAUUUUUAUUAUGAAGGAAAUUAUAAAGUUCAUAAACGUAUAUACGCUGUAGGCAUAGGUUUAAGGUGAGAAAAGUGAUGGAUGUGCUUUGUGCUUAUUUUUAUUUUUUGUUUUUGUAGGUACUUAAACAUUAUAUGCGAAAGUAAAGGUUGCUUUUCUUUUAAUGGUUGAGAUUUAUCGCAUUUUAUUGCUCACUUGUGUAAAGUUGUAUUCUCUUUUCUUUUGUUGAAAGCUUACUUAAUGUAGACAUACAUACAUACAAA